GUUAGUAAACUCGUUGAUACUUAUGUUAGCGUGAGUACUCCACUAAUCCACUACACCAUCACCAUCUUCCAAAACGAUAAGAAAAAAAAGAAUCCAAUCACGUGCGGUUAAAGCAGGAACGUUCGGCGAAACUGGAAGCACGUGACACCCUUCCGCGCUCUGUAUAUAAACCGGGGACCGAAACCAGCUCCUCCACAGAAUCCAUCCACUGACCCGCGAAUUCGAAGAGCAAACUCAAAUCAUCCUAGGACCAAACGCGACUACACCGGACAAGAUGCUGCUGCUUAAUCCGGCGGUCGAGGCGGCGGUGCUGGACAGCAUCCGGCAGCAGCUCCUGGAGGAGCCGACGGCGCCGGCGCGGCCUGCGUACUGCCGGAGCGCGAGCUUCGGCAGCCUCGUGGCGGACCAGUGGAGCGAGUCGCUCCCGUUCCGGCCCAACGACGCCGACGACAUGGUCGUCUACGGCGCCCUCCGCGACGCCUUCUCUUGCGGCUGGCUCCCCGACGGCUCCUUCGCCGCCGUCAAGCCCGAGCCCCUGCCUUCCCCUGACCCGUACGACGGCUCCUGCCUCGGCAGCUUCCUCGCGUCGCCCGGGCCCGCCACGCCGGACGAGGCGGCGUCGACGGCAACGUGGACGGAGGAGGCCGAGGUGGCGGCGACGGCAUCGAGGGGGAGGCACUUCAGAGGCGUGAGGCAGCGGCCGUGGGGCAAGUUCGCGGCGGAGAUCCGGGACCCGGCCAAGAACGGCGCGCGCGUGUGGCUCGGCACCUUUGACAGCGCCGAGGACGCCGCCGUGGCGUACGACCGCGCCGCCUACCGCAUGCGCGGCUCCCGCGCGCUCCUCAACUUCCCGCUCCGCAUCGGCUCCGAGAUCGCCGCCGCAGCAGCAGCCGCGGGUCAGAAGCGCGCGUCUCCCGAGCCUGCGAGCUCCGACUCUGCUUCUCCCUCCUCCAGCGCGCCCGGGUCGUCGAAGCGGAGGAAGAGAGGCGAGGCGGCGGCAGCGUCCAUGGCCAUGGCUCUGGUGCCGCCCACGCCGGUGCAGGCUCCGGUCCAGCUCAUCCUCCCAGCCCAGCCGUGGCUCGCCACCGGCGCCGUCCAGCAGCUAGUGAGCUGAAGCGGCGAAGCAAUCAGUGGUCGUUCUCAUGAGCUUCAUGCGUUGAGCAAAUGGAGGAGAGGAACAGGGCAUCUCCACGGGUCAAUGGCGUAAUGCGUCGAUCAAAGAAACUGCGACCAGUUGGAGGCAAUUACGCGCCGCGCCACGCCACGCCACGCCAUUGUGAAGUUUGUGUGGUUCCGUGUGAAACUUGUCGCUAGAGUUAGUGGCGUCGGCACAGUAGCAACUAGCAAGUGGGUGCAGUGGAAUUCUGGAAGCCGGUUUGUAAGAGGUGGUGAGGGUGCAGUCGCAAAACUUGCAUGACCGUUCUCUUCUCCAAUGGAGAAUCUUCUUUGUUCAACUGCUGUUUGGUACUACGAUAAGUGAGUGAUUCCUUUUAAA